UUGACAGUGACGCUUUUCAUUCUCCCUGUGGUAUAUACAAAGUGAGGUUAGACAAUCUAGCUUCUGACUGCCUUUUGAAAGUUAUGUGAUUAUUUCUGCGUUUUUCUCAUUCUGACAUGGCAUACCGGCUGCUUAGUACUGGCAGAAGGUUGGAAAAUUUUGUGUGGAAAACGUUCAAACAAUGCAAUGCUAAUGUUCCGAGGAACAACUCAACAUUGAAAAGGGCCAUACUCAAGGAAUGGAGGCUGUUUUGCGAAAAGCCUCCCAAAGGUUUCGAGAAAUACUUCAAAGAAGGCAAACCUGCCGCAAAAGAUGCCAAGCCAGAAGAGGGAGCGAAAAAAGAGGCUAAGGAGACCAAAGGGAGUGAGGCCAAGCCCGAGCAGAAGACGCCUAGACCCUCCCUGGGAGGUGCGCCGGGCGAGAAGAAGCCCUACGAUCAAUGGUCGUUCGGGCUUUUUGGCGGCACAGGCAGCAGGGGAAGCGGCGGAAAACCGUUUGGGGAAAGCGACCAGGGUAAAUGGUAUGUUUUGGGGGCGGCAGCCGCCGUAGCGUUCCUAGGGACUAUCACCAUGUGGGAGAUGGGCUACAAGGAGGUGGCCUGGAAGGAUUUCGUUUACAAUUAUUUAUCCAGAGGAGUAGUGGAGAAGCUGGAAGUAGUCAACAAAAAGUGGGUUAGAGUAAGGCUGACGCCUGGAGCAUCCUCUGAAGGCCAAGGGGACAUCAUUUGGUUCAAUAUUGGCAGUGUGGACUCGUUCGAAAGAAACUUGGAAAAUGCCCAGAACGAAAUGAAUAUUGAACCGCAGAAUUACGUGCCGGUGAUUUAUAAAACGGAAAUCGAGGCCGCUAGUCUCUCAGGCAUUCUGCCGACGCUGCUCAUCAUUGGCUUUCUGUUGUGGAUGAUGAGGCGCUCAGCUGAAAUGAUGGGAGGCCGACGAGGUAAAAAGGGAGGCGGCUUGUUUGGCGGUGUGAUGGAGAGCACUGCAAAACUGAUAAAUUCUAGCGAGAUCGGCGUGAAAUUCAARGACGUGGCUGGCUGUGAAGAAGCCAAGAUCGAAAUCAUGGAAUUUGUCAAUUUUCUCAAGAAUCCCCAACAGUAUAUUGAGCUGGGGGCCAAAAUUCCCAAGGGCGCCAUGUUAACAGGCCCUCCGGGUACUGGUAAGACGCUUCUGGCCAAAGCGACGGCCGGCGAAGCCAACGUGCCAUUCAUAACUGUGUCCGGUUCGGAGUUUUUGGAAAUGUUUGUCGGUGUGGGCCCUUCCAGAGUCCGAGAUCUCUUUACCAUGGCUAGAAAACACGCUCCGUGUAUACUGUUCAUUGAUGAAAUUGAUGCAGUGGGCCGGAAAAGGGGUGGGCGCUCCUUCGGCGGGCACUCAGAGCAAGAGAACACGCUCAAUCAGCUGCUGGUGGAGAUGGACGGUUUUAACACUACUACUAACGUAGUGGUGCUGGCAGCCACUAACCGAGUGGAUAUUUUGGACAAAGCUCUGCUUCGACCCGGAAGGUUCGAUCGGCAGAUCUUCGUUCCAGCUCCCGACAUUAAGGGAAGAGCCAGCAUUUUCAAAGUUCAUUUAGCGCACCUGAAGACUGACUUGGAUAAAAUCGAACUAAGCAGGAAAAUGGCAGCUUUAACGCCAGGAUUCACAGGCGCUGAUAUUGCCAAUGUUUGCAACGAGGCAGCCUUAAUAGCCGCUCGAGACUUAAAUGAUAGAAUCGUUAUGAAGCAUUUCGAACAGGCGAUCGAAAGAGUUGUUGCAGGGAUGGAAAAAAAGACCAACGUGCUGUCGCCCGAGGAGAAGAAAACCGUGGCUUAUCACGAGGCAGGCCAUGCUGUUGCUGGAUGGUUUUUGGAACACGCAGAUCCGCUGCUGAAGGUAUCAAUAAUUCCUCGAGGUAAAGGCUUGGGUUACGCCCAAUACUUGCCCAAAGAUCAAUAUCUGUAUUCGAAGGAGCAACUUUUCGACCGGAUGUGCAUGACUUUGGGGGGUCGUGUUUCGGAGGAAAUCUUCUUCGGCAGAAUCACUACUGGGGCUCAGGACGAUUUGAAGAAAGUUACUCAGAGCGCGUAUGCCCAAAUUGUGCAUUACGGAAUGAACGAGAAGGUGGGAAACGUGAGUUUCGACAUGCCCAGAGAGGGGGAGAUGAUGGUAGAGAAGCCCUAUUCGGAGGAAACGGCGCAAAUGAUCGACGUUGAGGUCAGGAGCCUCAUCGAGUCAGCCCACGCCAAAACUAGAGUACUGCUGACGGAGCACAAAGAGAAAGUGGAGAAAGUAGCCGAACGACUACUGAAACUGGAAGUGAUCAGUAGGGACGACAUGAUCGAACUUCUCGGCAAACGUCCCUUCCCAGAAAAGUCCACCUAUGAGCAGUUUGUGGAGGGAACUGGCUCGUUUGAGGAGGACACUACUUUGCCUGAAGGACUGAAAGAGUGGAACAAGGAGAAGAGCAAGUCGAGUCCCCCGGAAAACGAAAAGGCCCAAGUGUAGGCUAACGAUAAUAUGCGCAUUUGUAAAUUUAAUUAUAUAAUUAGCAUUUUUUUGUUGUAGUCGAAAACAAUUUGUGUGAAAGUGUUUGCUCGAAAGGUGUUUUUUAUUAUCUGCUGCAAAGAGUGAAUAUAAAUAAAUAUAAGAAGUUCCGUUUCAACGC